CCGCCCUCCUGUCACCUCGCUUCGUUGUUGACUGACUGCCCGUUCGGGGGAGUCCAUAUUGUUGUCAUUGCGUCGGUGUCCCUUCAGCCCUAUUCAGUCCUAUGCAAUCUCCUCGACGCCGCUUCCAGGCUCAUCUACUUAUCAUCAUCAAACGUCCUGUCCAGCCUCCUCCACCACCCUCCGUUGCUUGCUUUUAGUCAUCCCUCACUCCCACCAUACCCACCAUACCACGCAUCAAGUCCACCCUGGUCGGAUCCGUUGCUCAUCAGUCUCGUCAACCAUCACCCUCUGCUCCUGGUUGCCCACUUCCCCAACCCUCUCCACCCGCUCCCUCCCAAGGCGCGCCAAAGCAAUGGCAGGACCCGGUGGUGGCCCCUCUCGUCGGAGCCAUACCAAGUCCCGCAAAGGAUGCAAGACUUGCAAAAAGAGACACAUCCGCUGCGACGAGACGUUCCCACAAUGCCGUAACUGUACCAAACAUCAGGUCCGCUGCGACUACAUGGAUAGCCCCGCUGCCUUGAUACCAGAGUCUCCAAAAUCCCCCCAGCAACCCAACCUCCUGUGGACCGCUGAGAUCAACACCACCAUCGAGCUCUGGCGCCAGACGGGAGAGUUCCCCUUUCCCGAGCUUCGAAUCUACCCGCUGCCUCAGUGGUCGGCAUACUCCAAAACGGAGCUCCGCCUGAUUCAUCACCUCUCGUCGAUAUCCAACGAGAUGUUUCGCAACCGAACCUCGCACCUCACCAUUUGGACAGACAUGAUACCCAAGUUUCUAGGUAUUGCUGCUAUGCAUCCAUUCGUUAUGCACUCCAUCCUUGCCUUCUCCGCCUCGCACUUGGCGUGGAUAUCUCAGUCAAGUGAGACGCGCAAUCUCGCCUUCCAUCACCACGGCAUCGGCCUAAAGGGCCUGCAUGAAGGCAUCGCCAACUUCACACGGUCCAAUUCUGACGCGGUCCUUGCCUCCUCGUUGCUACUCUCGUGGCAAGCAACCGACUGGCGAGGAUGGGCCUCUCUCGUCACUGGCACAAGGACGGUCAUCCAGGCGAUGCAGCCAUGGCGACACGAGUCCGUGUUCGCCGACUACAUUGCUGAACACAGCCCAAUGCCGAGCAAGACGUUGGUGAACUUGGUUGCAUCACCCAUCACCGAACAGAGGCGGAGAGAGCACGUACGAAUCCUCUCCGACGUCCAUGCUUCCCUGCAGCGACUCCAGCCGUACCUCAACCGCCACGACCAGGAGUCAAAGUGGGUGGACCAGCUUCGAGGGUACCUGGACCGCCUGGGAGCGACGGGCUCGGCACAGACGGCCGAAGACCAAUUCAACCAACUCUACACUCUCCGCAAGUGGUUGUUCUGGGUUCCCAUCUCAUUACUCGCUGCCAAGCGAGGAGAAGUCACCGUACUGGUUGUGCUCGGUCACUUCUACGCCACUGCGUUGGCGUUGGAGCCCUUGUUUCGCGACAUCGGCUCCGUCUUCUGUGCGAAUCUCUCGCUCCCGCCCCUGGAGGAGAUUAUCCACAUUGUCCAGGCGUAUCAGGACCCGCGAUACGACGAGCGGACGCAGUCCCUGGCCUAUCUGAUCCAGUUUGCCGUCGACAUGGCGUCUUCGUACAAGACGCGACGCGAGUGGGCUAGACAGCAGGCCGCCGACGCUUCGCCGAUGCAGCAAUCGCCGUAUGGGCUGGAGUCGCUCAACGUGGAGCUGGAGAACCAGAUUGCGCAGUAUAGCUACGGACAGAGCCUCAGCCCUGCCUUUGCCCCCUCGCCUCUUACGUUCGUUCCCAACGGCCUGGCUUCGGGACCGACGUCGCCUUACCUGGAAGUGCCUCGCGGGUCCAUCGACGGCUAUACGUCGUCGACAAGCUACACGUCUCCGUUGGCGUCACCCGCCACAAUCCCGCCGCCCUACUCGAUGCCCGAGGAUCACGCGUACGGUUUUGGUGUGCCGAUGGGGUACCAUGCCAGCGGGUUCGUGGCCACUCCCAUCUGGACGUGACGAACAGAGGCUGAAGCAGCGUCCAGGGACGACAACAACAACAACGACGACAACAACAACAACAACAACAACAAGGCCAAACUCCAGCCUCAUCCGAGCGCCACAACAACAGCACCUGCUACCGUCACCCAUCCGCCCGAUUACUCUCCACACGCGUCCCACACCUAGAAGAGGGCCUGGAGUUGGGACGAUGGACAACACUUCGCACUCGCGAACCCAAACCUACCCUCAGAAGACGGAUGCACACAUUCGUCCUACGUAC